GAGGGGGGUGGUGAUGGUAGGUUUUGCUUCGUCUUUAUCCUGCUGCCAGUGCCCCGCGAAAUGGAUCCACCCGUAUCGAUUUAGAGGAAGUCUUCGUAGAUAUCUUGUCAAUAGGUAAAUCCAGGAUUUAAGGUAGAUAUCGACGUCUUUAAGCGUACCUCGCCCCAGGCGGCCUCUUAAGUCAGCUCCUCCUCCUGAGUCUUCAGUCAUUGGCUUUUAUAAGCGAUUGGUCAGCGGUUAUUUUAGUCACGCAAUUAGGUUUUUCUGUACGUCAUCAAUCAUAAGUAACUUGCACGCGCAUUAGCCGGAAGUCAUAAGCCGUAGAAAUGUCGGGCAUGGACGAGAAAGAAGUCAUAGUUAAGGAAAUGGACGAGGUUUUUGAAAAGGAAACUGACUUUGAAGUUGAAAAUAAGGAGCAGCAGGAAAAAUGGAAAGAAAUGGACGAUGGUGGUACCAUGGAGUACCUCGUGCCCGACAACGAUGCAGCAAUAGGAGUCCAUGCGCCCGAUAACCAGGCUGAUAUGGAAACCACAACACCCGAAGAGAAUGGCGAGCUCACCGUUGCAGCUCAUAAAGACGAGUCUGAGCUAACAACUGCCGCAGCUCAUAAAGACGAGUCUGAGCUAACAACUGUUGGAGCUCAUAAAGACGAGUCUGAGCUAACAACUGUUGGAGCUCAUAAAGACGAGUCUGAGCUAACAACUGUUGGAGCUCAUAAAGACGAGUCUGAGCUAACAACUGUUGGAGCUCAUAAAGACGAGUCUGAGCUAACAACUGUUGGAGCUCAUAAAGACGAGUCUGAGCUAACAACUGUUGGAGCUCAUAAAGACGAGUCUGAGCUAACAACUGUUGGAGCUCAUAAAGACGAGUCUGAGCUAACAACUGUUGGAGCUCAUAAAGACGAGUCUGAGCUAACAACUGUUGGAGCUCAUAAAGACGAGUCUGAGCGUACUGUUGGAGCUCAUAAAGACGAGUCUGAGCUAACAACUGUUGGAGCUCAUAAAGACGAGUCUGAGCUAACAACUGUUGGAGCUCAUAAAGACGAGUCUGAGCUAACAACUGUUGCAGCUCCAAAAGACGAGUCUGAGCUAACAACUGUUGGAGCUCAUGAAGACGAGUCUGAGCUAACAACUGUUGGAGCUCAUAAAGACGAGUCUGAGCUAACAACUGUUGGAGCUCAUAAAGACGAGUCUGAGCGUACUGUUGCUGCAGCUAAAGAUGACUGUGACUUCAGUGUUGCAGCAUCCGAGCUGACCGCCGCCGUCCACGAAAAAGAGGAUAUGCAGGGUGUCGUUGAAUCCCUCAAAGCAGAGUUAUCCCGACUUGAGGAGAAGAAUGCCCAGCUCAUCAACGCCAACAAAGAGCUCCAAGACAACGUCACCCGUCUGCAGACCAGCCUCGAGACCAUCCAGAGUGAUGCUGCUUCGCGUUUGCAGUCAGCUCAGCUGUCUCUGAGAAAAUAUCGCGGUUACAAUCAUGAGCUGUGGAACAACGAUGUUGGUCAGAUUCGCGAGAACGAGCAAGCAAGGGAAAAGAUCAAGGGGCUCGUGGCCCUCCAGGCUGAGAAUGCGGCAAAGAUCGCCGAGCUCAUGGACUCGACAAGCAAGCUCGCGGAUGUAAAUGCCGAGCUGGUUGAGGCUGCAAACGCCAAGGACGAGGAAAUCGAGAUGCUGCGCGAACAGCUGGAGCACGCUAGGAAGAAGAAGCAGAGCCGCUGGCAAAGGAUCAAGUCUCGCGUGCGCACUUUCUUCGGCCGUUAGACACCCGCGCCUUUACACUCAUAUCUUUUUUUACUUUUUUUUUGCACGAUACAGUACUAAAACUCCUUUGAAGAAACACAUCCAUGAAUCACAUACGACAAUACUUCUUGAAUUGCUCAUAAAUAUCAUCGAACAAUCACAAAUGAGCUUCAUUGCCCCUACAACAUUGCCCACA